AUGUAUUCCAUUGUGAAACUGCCAAAGCUAUGGGAAUGGCAACAUAAGGUCACCAUAAUCAAAGAAGCAAAUAAUCUUAGAACACUUGACCUCACAACUUUAUUUGGAAAGCUAGAAGAACAUGACCAAGAACUCACUUUCUUGGAAAAACAUGAGAAAAAGCAUGAGAAGAAGAUAAAUAAGGAUAAAGGCAAGGACAGUGAGGUAGAAAGGAAGUGUAUUGCUCUAAAGGCUUCAAGUUCAAAGUCCUCAACCAAUGAGCAAAGUGAUUGUGAAACAAGUGAUGAUGAGAAUUCCAAUGAUGAAGAAAUGGGGUUGUUCGUCAAAAGAAAAGUCGGUCAUUAUAAGCCGAAUUGUCCAUUGAUCAAGAAAGAUAAAGAGAAAGCUCAUCACAAUAAAUCUAGCAAUUCUAGAAGAGCCUAUAUUGCUUGGGAGAGUGCAAGUGAUUCUUCAAGUGACGAAAGCUUAAGUUCAAGUGACGAAUCAGCCAAGUUUUUCUUCAUGGACAAUAAAAAGAAGAAGAAGAAUGUAAGUCAUUCUAAACUUGAAUAUUUUAAUGAAUUGUAUUAUUCCCAAUUACAAAAGACUUUUGAAAAUCUACAUAGAGAAGUCGUAGACGCUUUUAAAACACUAGCUUCAAACAAAAGAAUCGUUUCAUAUUUAGAAGAUAAAGUUUUAGAGACCAAAAAUAAUAUGGAAGCUCUUAAGAAAUCUAUGGUAGAUAUUCAAAAAGAUAAGAAUGAGGAUGAAGAACCUUCAUGGUUUGGUUGUGAAACUUGCCACAUUUGGCAAAAAAAGGUAAAUACUCUUAAAUAUAAAUUGGACAAGGCAUUACAACCAAAGAUUACAUUUUCUAUUGAUCUAUCAAAGUUUAAACGGCCUUUGAACCCUUCAUAUAAAAAGUAUAAAUAUGUUCAAAAGGAUUCAAAUAGAAAAAUUACAUCCCUUCACAACUUAUCUUGUCACUAUUGUUAUAAUAAAGGUCAUACUAUUGCAAAAUGCAAGUUUAGGAGACUCUUUGUUCCUAAAAAGAAAAUAUGGUUUCUCAAUAGUGGAUGCUCAAGACAUAUGAUGGGUGACAUCUCUUUGUUCAUUGAAUUUGUGCCAAAGAAGAAGGGUUUUGUUACCUAUGGAGACAACAAAAAGGGAGUAAUACUUGGAAAAAGUAGUGUAGGUACUCCCUUGUCUACUUCUAUCUCUGAUGUUAUGUUAGUUGCAGGUCUUAAACAUAAUCUUCUUAGCAUUAGUAAAUUAUGA